GCGCGCGUGAUGAUGAAAGUCCGAUAUAAUACGUCACCUGUUCGACUGGGUUCAGCCGGCGUUUGAAGCUAGCGGACACGAGACACACCUUUUUAAAGGCACGUGCCGCAAUGUGUGGGGUGGUGGUUGUGCUCCUAUGCUCGCUGUGCUUGGGUCUGGCCUCCAGCUCCAAGCCCAACAUCAUCAUCAUGCUAAUGGACGACAUGGGCUGGGGAGACCUGGGAGCGUUUGGGAACCCAGCCAUGGAGACCCCAAACCUCGACCGCAUGGCGGCCGAGGGGAUGCUGCUGCCGGAUUUCUACACGGCCAACCCGCUCUGCUCGCCCUCGCGAAGUUCACUCCUCUCUGGCCGCCUGCCCAUCCGAAAUGGCUUCUACACGACCAACGCACACGCUCGCAAUGCGUACACCCCCCAACAGAUUGUUGGUGGUAUCCCUGACUCUGAGCUGCUGUUGCCAGAGCUGCUACAGAAUGCUGGCUACAUCAACAAGAUUGUGGGGAAAUGGCACCUGGGACACCAGCCGCAGUUCCUGCCCCUCCGGCAUGGCUUCCACGAGUGGUUCGGCUCCCCCAACUGCCACUUUGGGCCCUUCGACAACGUGGACACUCCCAACAUCCCCGUGUACAACAACAGCGCCAUGCUGGGCAGAUAUUACGAAGAAUUCGAAAUCAAUCGCAAGACGGGAGAGUCCAACCUCACCCGUCUGUAUCUGCAGGAGGCCCUGGAUUUCAUCGGACGCGAAAGCGACGCCGGCCGCCCGUUUUUCCUCUACUGGGCGGUGGACGCCACCCACACUCCCGUCUACGCCUCUCGGCCCUUUCUGGGAACGAGUCGCCGAGGCUUGUACGGGGACGCGGUGCGCGAGAUCGACGCAGCCGUGGGGCGGAUCCUCUCCGAGCUGCGCUCGCGCCGCCUCGACACCAACACGUUCGUGUUUUUCACCUCGGACAAUGGAGCGGCACUCAUGUCAGGACCCAAGGAAGCUGGAAGCAAUGGGCCCUUCUUGUGUGGCAAGGAGACCACGUUCGAAGGCGGCAUGAGGGAGCCAGCCAUAGCCUGGUGGCCUGGGCGCAUCCACCCAGCUACGGUGAGUCGGCAGCUGGGCACGGUGAUGGACCUAUUUGUGACCGGGCUGGCGCUCGCUGGGCUGAGGCCACCCUCCGACCGGCAGCUUGAUGGCCUGGACCUGAGCCCUGCGCUGUUCAACAACCAGACCAUACCCAGACCCGUGUUCUACUACAGGGGCAAUGAGCUGAUGGCCGUGCGCUGUGGCGCCUACAAGGCACACCUGUGGACGUGGAGCAACUCCUGGGAGGAAUUUAAACAGGGAGUCAACUUUUGUCCAGGACAACAUGUUGACGAUGUGACGACGCAUAACCAAACGGAGCACACGAGCCUGCCCCUCAUCUUCCACCUUGGGCGUGAUCCUGGAGAAAAGUAUCCAAUCAGCCCCACCGAGGCAGAGUAUCAGGAGGCGCUCGCCACCGUCUCCGAGGCAGUGGAGGAGCACAGGACGAACCUCGUAGCCGGGCAGCCCCAGCUAAACGUGUGCGACGUUGCCGUCAUGAAUUGGGCACCUCCCGGAUGCGAGCUGCUGAAGAAGUGCCUGAAAGCCCCGCAGAGCAGCCCACAGAAGUGCGAGUGGCCUCACUAGGACAUCUCCGACGCUGGCACCUCAAGGCCUUGGUGCAAUAGAAGGCUGUUCGUGUGAUCUUCGCAGGGUUCAUAUAUACAGCAUUGGCAUUUCAACCGGUGGUCUUUACUCAUACAGGGUGGAGAGCCUAUUGGGAUAAUUAGUCUCUUGCACAAGGGUGACCUGGGAUGAAUCAGGCUGUAAUUAAAGUGUGUGUUUGGAGAUAGCUGGGUGGUUUCCAUGGUUGGAGCACUAAUCUGGCCCUGCAGAGUUCCUGGGUUAGAUUCCAGACAUCUAUCCUCGUUUCAUAAACAGCUGUCCUGAUUCGUUCCACCUCACUUUGCACAAUCCUGUAUAUUCAGUCUUGGGUUUUACAUUUCUUUCUUUAACGUUCUUCGGUUUUCCUGGUCUUAACAUUGUUCUUGCAUUCGAGAUCCCAAAUUUGAAUAUCUCGACAAAAUCCCCCUUGAAAGGCUUUCUCUGGGCAACCUCCCCUCCAAACAAAAACACUGAAGGGUUUCUGUGAACGUCGUCCGCGCACUCUCCAAUAUUCUGAGCCAUCAGGAAGCGUAGUCGUCGUCAUUUCCCAUUGCCAUCCCCCCAACCAGAGUUUUUCAGGUGACACCAUUACCGCAUUCAGUUGUCCAUCGUACCCAGGAUGCAUUCUCCCAGGUCGGCCCCUUUAACGCUGGCAGCAGCAAGAACACCUCCUGGCCUGGGCGUGCCUGAGCCUCUUGAUUUGGUCGCUUCAGGGUUCGCGACAGGCGGUCACGACCUCCGUAAGCGACUCGGGGGGGGGGGUGGGGGGGGCCUCGCAAGCAGCCUCCUACUUGGACCGUUGCCUGCCUCCCACGACCAGGCCCAGUACUGUAAAUUAACUCUCUCUUCCUAAUGUUUAUAGACUACAUUCCUACGCGUCCUUUGCUGCGGGUCACCAAAGUCAUUGAACUAUCUUUGGCCUAUGCCUGUGCAGCUGCGCCCUAGUGGCGUUAUUUUCGAGUGUCUUCCAAACAUAGGGACACGUUCGCUCAGCUCCUGGUUUCCCAUGCGCCGCUCUGCUGGCAUUCCAUUCUGAACUGUACAGUUAUAUUACUGUUGGUGGCAUGCCAUGUAUCUCUGCAUUCGUAACCGAUGUGUGUUCGAAACGCUUUUCAGCCGUUCAUUCUGUGUGCGCUGGAGGUUUUUUUCUGUACAAUCCUGGAGGGCUGGAUGGCCUCUGUGCGUGUGUGUGGCCAUGCGUGUGUUUGGGGAACAAGGUGCACAUGGCCUGGCACAAGCGUCGUGGUGACGUCACCGCCACUUAGUGGCGAAUGGCGGUUGUUGUUGUUUGGGGAACGUGGGCGCAGUGGUUUCGUGCUACAAAUGCGGUGGCCCGAGUGUGAUUUCCAUUCCACAGCAAAUAGUGUGUGGUGCUAUCAGAACUAACUAUGGCUAUCACUCAUUCCCCAUUAAUUCAAUCCAUCAUCAAUCACUGUCAUCAAUUUCGUUUCCACUGAAUUCACGAAUCGCAGAUUCGCCCAUUGCUUCCUCUCAUCUAUUUCAUUCACCUCAUCUCCACCAUUACAUGCAUAUGUACCAUUCUUAACUCUCUGUAAAGUUCCUUGGUUAAGGCGCUAUAUGAAUUACUUUAGGAUAAGUAUAGGUCUCCCCCUACGUAAAUUGAAAGACUUGAAACGAGUAACUGCUUCAUGUGGACAUAUGAGCACCGGGGAAACGAAGGCGACAUGGCCGUGUGUUGUGUUGGCCACAUCUCUUACCCUCUUGUGCCAUGUAGGUCUCUCCCCUCCCCCCACGUUUUCUAGCCAUGUAUUCCACAUUGUGUUUUUGGCAUCACGUCAUGAAACAAAGAAUCCAUUGAGAAACCUCACUGCGCGUGUCAGAUAAGGCGCAUGGAAGAGAUUUUCCACAGGGCUUCUGAAAGGGCACACUUUCUCACAAAGCUCUGCUAUGAGAUUGUAGCAUGAAAGUAAAACAGAAUUGUAGUUCUAAGAGAUUGAAUUUAGUCAAAUCUGAAGUGCAAAAAUAAAACUAUUGGUCGGUUUUUGUGUAGUCAUUGGUAACUGGGCUGAUGUCAAUUUUCUAGACUUCAAGAACUCGGUUUGAUCAUUUGAGCGAAUGCCCAGAUUUGAACGGUGCCAGCUCACCGCUUGACCUCUGAGCCGCCGCUGACACCAUGUAGGUCUUAAUAGUUGCUCUUCAAGACUACUUGCUCCCAACAGUCCAUAAAGGCAAAGCCGGUGGUCUUUGUAUUGGUAUAGGUGAAUUGCGUGCGUUCUGAGAACGGUGCGUGGUGUAUUGGUCCGUGUGCUGCGUUACAGUCCUGGCAAGCAAAGUUCAAUUCCUAACCAUGUUCAAAUCGUGGUAAAUGGUGUAUAUGAGCAUCAGUUGGGCUUGCUCUAAGGAGGCCUCAACGUAGAAAGAGUAGUGCCUGGCUUCAUGGUUUUGUCAACAUGUGCAUACUUGGUUCUGAACUCGGCACCCCACACGACCAGUCUGAAUACGUGUUUACAAAUAUCAUUUGCCUUCAACAAUCAAUCCAGCUAAAUUGAGAAAUCUUGGUGUGUGUGUGCGUGUUUUUGUCUGGAUAGAGCAUAUAGAAACAUUUUAAAUCGGCAUGCACUCUAUGUUUUCUCACUUGACUUACGUUUGCUUGACCACAACUGUCCAAGUUAUUCUAGGAAUUUUUGGACAGUGCUCCAUGUGCUGGCAUGAGUGUGUGACUUCCUGAGAGCUUAGUGUGCGUGUCUGUGUGUGUGUGGGUCUGUGUCUGUGCAGUGUGGGAGUGGGGCGUAGGAACUAGCACACUCCACUACGAUCCUGACGGCCUGGGUUUUUGCACUGCGUCAGUGGAACUUGGCAUGUGAAGAACCUGUUCCAUGCCUCUUGCUAGGUCAGCUCAGCCUUAAAUUAACACCUGGUGCAGCGAUUUAAUAGAGACAUCAAUAUUGGAGAGACAAAGGCUCUUGCCCAUGGUUUGGCCCCACCAAUCCCUCGUGUGUUGUGCCACUCUUGGUCGUUGAUUGACCAACAUCCAUUGUGAGUAAUACCUGGACCUGACCUGGCCCCCCUUGACCAACCCUCAAAGACCAAAAUGGUGAACUUGGGCCCAAAUUCAUCUGACCAAUGCGACACAGGGAAGCCAUCAUUCAGCAGUGGAUUGACAGUAUUGCCGUGGUUGCUUCUCUGCUGUCGGAGUUUCAAAGAGCCAUGGGCCACUACAAACUAAGUUAAAUGAGGACACAUUCAGGAUGCCCGGGAUUCUUGGUUAGAUCGCUUUGACUCGCAGUUAGAAUGUUGCAAUUUUAAUUUCUUGUUGCGGAUCAACUCGGGCCAUCAUCUCGCUGAGGUCAAAAGAAUUGUGCCACCUUGAGGGCAGUCAACUAAGGUAAUUUAUCAAGAGUCCUAAACAGCAGGGCUAAAUAUCAGUCGCUCCUGUCUGGUUGUAUCCAUUUCAUGCAUUACAUGUGAAUAACAUUUGUUAUAUUCAAUGAGACCCAUUUAUGAAAGUGCAGGGACGAUUAUGCCGAUGAUGAAAACAAAGUAUCAGCUCAAAACAAGGAUAUAACUUCAGUAAUGGAUUCCACGCAUACACACACAGGCACAUAUGUGUGUUUUCUCUUAAUGGCUCUCACAGAUGCGAGUUUUUCCCUUUAGAGAAAAAAAGACCUGGCAAUGCACUGGGGGUCAAGGCAAGAAGCAUGAGGGAGGAGCAAAACAGAAUGCCGUUCUAAACAGAAGGGGAUGACUUAGUGUGCGGACCAAUGGUCUGGCCCAUAAGGUCCAAGCCACAAAACAUGCUUUUUAGGCAGAACACCAAGUUUUUUUUUCCCCUCCUAAUUUUUUUUCCCAAUAGUACCUCAUGCCUCAUUUCCACGACAAGUUUAAAAUGCGCCAGAUCUUUCCUGUGCUGAAGCCAUAAACGAUGGCCUUUCACUUUGAAAGUGGGGGCCGUGGCUCCGUGCGCUUGACCCAUCAUCCAUGCCCCCGGGUACACACUUUGCCAGUUGUGGCAAGGUUAUAACAAAAGCGUGGGUCGACAGGUAACAGACAUAAAUUCAGUAGCUCCAUGUUUCUGUUAAGAGUAGCUUGACUUACAAUCCCCUAACGCAGUAAUGUCAACGUGGAUGCACUUGUAAUCCAACAGCCGUUUAUCUCAUAAAACAUCAAGUAUGAACAACAGGAAUCAAGAACUCCGUGGGACAACGAUUUCACGUGAAACCUCUCUAUGCUUGACAGCAAAUCAACACUCCAGUUUUGCACACCUCACUCCUCUGCUGUGAGUUCACACAAGACAGUGACGCAACUUUCAUUGUAUCUGUAACAACGACGUAGUUGCUACCAAGACAGCCAUAUUUGCAGUCGUGGAAUGGAUUUUUGGGCAUCCUAAAGAUGAGCAGGAAACCCAAUGGCCCUCUUCCUGUGAAUAGGGGAAGCCCUCUUUUAAGUCCUUUCGCAUGGCCUGACGGCUCCUGAUGACGCUCUCGGCAGUCACCACCUCCCUUUCAGACUCUCGUUCAUUGGCUUCUGCUCCACACAGUGCAGCUGUGACAAUGAAGCGCACCAUGUCCCAAAUAGUUGAUCGGAAUAAAAAAUUCUCACGUAGAGACAGUGCGUGUGUGGUGACUGCGGGUGCAGGGACAGUGCGUGGCCUAGCGGUCACGAGUAGUAAUUACAGGGGUUGAUAUUAAUAGAGGCCGAGUUGUUACAAGGGGGAGGUCAUCUGGGAAGUUCGGGAACGGGCCAGGGAGUUCGAGAAUGGGGGCGUGGUUGGGCGCGGAGUGAGGGCCACGCCGGGGGAUAAAAGGAGGCGAGAGGCAAGGUUCGGGGCUGCCGUUGGAUCGGGGUCGACUGUCUUCGC